CUCUCAGGACAUACUGAAUCUCCUGGGGAACGAUGGACCUAGGAGAAGGAGCCAGAAGGAAUCCAAUUUGAGAGCUCACGUGAAGCCUAUAUUGUCUGUACAGCACUUUUUUACUUCUGGUAUUGAGAACAUAUAUAACCAAAAUAGUAUGAAGAGCAACAGUUGGACAGCUGGGAAACUAAUUUUAUUACUAGAUGUCGAAUGCCAAAUGUAGCUUAACUGUUUUUUAUGCAAAUAAUAUGCAUCACCUUCAAUUGAAACCUACAGUAACGUGGUGCUGCUUCCACAAAGCCUCGAGGGCGUCUGCUCCCGUCUCUGUACCUUUACAGCAGUGACGUCAUUGCCCCUCACGACCCCGGCAGUCUGUCAAUGACGUCGAAGACAGAACAACAACAAAACAAGCAGCUGGACUGCCAACAAGGAGCAAGCAAGAGGGGUACGUUCAUAUUCCAUGGCGAGUAAGGUUGGAAACGACACUGAAGAUGUUCUGACUGCGGUGCUGUCGGCGGGCGUAAGUGCAUCGGUCCGGUCUAAUGACUCAGGUGGGGCGAUGGCGGCGGGGCAAGAGGAUGAGCCAGCCACAUAUGCCGGUUGUUCUGUGUCUGGUUGCAUCCUUAACAUUGUCAACUGGAAAAGGCCAUUCAGAACAACGGCACUUUUUGCUGCCAUCAAUUCUUUAUUCUGGUUUGCAGCCCUAAGUUCCUACAGAGCUUACUGUCUUCUUGCCCUAUUCAUAGCCCUGAUGGUGACAAUAGUGACAGUCAAAGGCGUAGCUCUCUCCAGAUCUAAAGGGGCCCACUUAUGGCAUAGUAUGACUGGAAGCUGGGAGAUAGUGGACUCUGGACAGGACAGCAGGGCUGGGACUCAGUUCACCGACUCCUGGAUGAGCUUCAAGCUCUUUAUACAGGAGACAUCCUCUUUCAAGCAGCAGAACCCAGGCAAGUUUUGCUUGCUGGUUUGCAGUUUAUGCACCUUCUUGGCUGUCUUAGGACGUUACAUUCCAGGGGUAAUCAUCUCAUAUGGUUUAGUACUUGCCCUUUUUCUGUGGCCUCUGACGUCAUCACAUGAGUUUGGGUUGUGGCUGGAGCCAGUUCUGCAGAAGCUGGACUUCGGAGUCGGCGAGUUACUUCAGAAAAUCAAAGUGAAUCAUGAAAAGAGACUUCUUGAGGCCCAAACUGAGAGAGAGAACAUUGAGGCUGACCUCUCCUCCCUGUUCCCCAAGAUGGAUUCUACUGUGUGUAAGGAGAUGUCAGUAUCAGACACAGAUGUGUCAGACAUCACAUGGACGGAGAAUGGAACUUUCAAUCUGUCAGAAGGACACACACCCCAGACAGAAAACUCAGAGGACCUUGACCGGGAAGAGGUGUUUAUUGGAGGCCUCCCAGAAUUCCCCUCUCUUGACAAUGGCAUGGGGACAAAUGGUGAAGAUGAUGAUGAUCUCAGCAUUGGUCUCCCCACCCCUCCCCCACAUCCUCAGUAUCCAAUCAGUUCCAAAGGGGAAAUGCUGGUGCAGCCAGUCGAUGCUUCAACCCAAGCGUUGAAACUUGUUAACAAAAUGGCCAGCGAUGCCAUCACUGCUGCUGUUGCUGCCGCGAUCCAGGAGAGAAUAGAAGCUGCCAUGGGUGUAACUGCUGUGGAGCCAGUGCGGCCGAGAAUGCCUGACCCUGUGACCUUGGCACCACUAGACCUGGCAGAUGACUCAGAGAGUGAAGUAGAGGACUUUGAGCUGCUUGACCAAUCAGAGCUGGAGCAACUGGAAGGGGAGUUGGGUCUAGGGCAGAAAAGCCAGACCAAAGUUGAAGCCAAUCCCAAACCUAGCAAGCCAACCUCAUCUGGGGGAUUCUUCUCAAAGCUCCUUGGGCGCCGUUGAUUGGAGGAGCUGGAAGGGUUGUCAUUGGUCAUACUUAUUGAGGACUGUGGGGUUUGGGAAAAAAUAUGACGGUAUUUCCAGAUAACCUUUUCAAGUUGAACUGCUGUAGGAACACUCUUUCUACAUAUAAUGUAUAGAAAACAAUCCAUCUGUAUGAGAAUCAUUAACGUGGGAUGAUGGUCAGAGUUAGGCGCUGUGGUUGCAUGGUAAGGCCAUGUUUAGGCCUGUAGUGUUAUUUGGGCAGGAAAUAAGUGGGUCUUCCAGAUUUUGCUGCCAAAGUAUUUUUGUUUUCUUCAGAUUUGUCCCAUUCACUAAUCUGUCAUAAUUAUACAGCCUUAUUUGACCAGACCCAAAGACAACAUGACAAUCACCUGUGCUUUCAGUGUAGCUUAUUUUACUGUAUGUCUAUGUGUAAUAUUAGUUUCAUGCACAUUUAAGUCAGGCAGUAGUAGGCAAUAGUUAACCAGAACAUGCAACAAUAGAUUACACAUAAUAGUUAUAAUCAACAUAUUUUGUAUCCUUUUUUUCUAAUUUUGUAUAUUUUUUCAUGAAAGACAUACGUAGUUGAUGGACUUGAUCUUUUGUUAUGACAUGCAGACAAGCAAUAUUAUGCAUGGAUAUCUCAGUUUAGAACAUAUUAGAGGUAAUGUUUUACUUAUAGUGCAUUGACAUGAAUGCUGACAUAAGAUUGUUACUGGCAAAAAUACCUCUUAUAACACACAACUGCUGUUCACGAUAAACCCAUUUUUAAAUUUUGACAUGUAACAUAGUGAUGCUUCUGUUGUUAUUAAAGGGAUAGUUCAACGUG